AGGUUACUGUACGCUGCAAUGUGACAGGGGCUCGUCCAGGACCAGUGAGAUGGUACAGGGACACUGGCAGUGGCAGAGAGUAUCUCUACUCUACAGCCCCUCCGCCCAAUGAGAGAAACGACCCCCGUGUGUCUCAAGUACAUCAAAACCACGCCACAGAUCUCUCCAUUCGAAUUGUGAACCUGACCCUGAGUGACUCAGGAAGGUAUUACUGUGAGAAAUACAGAGGGAUUGUUGAGACCCUCAUUUCUGGCGGCUCAGGGAGCAGGCUGAGUGUGCGAGGGCGAUCGCACUCCACUGGCAUUUUAAUUGAAAGUAUUUGAUCGGUUUGGAAGGCUUCGUGGGUGCAGGAGUUGUUGAGGACUGAAAAGGGAAAGGAACCGCAGAGUUGCCUGCAGCUGCAUUAGAAUGUUCUAGAACGCUCUUGGAAUGCUCUAGAACACAACGUAAAAGGGGAUUUUUUAUGUUUUAUCAUUGUUCAUUUAAUUUUUUAAUUUUUUUUUUUAUGAUUGUGAAACCAGGUUAUCAACCAGUGGCAUUUCACAAGAGCAGCAGAUUUUAAAAACUAUUUUACAAAUUAUUCCAGAGUGUUCUAGAAUCCAGUCGGGAACAGGGAGGGGAGCGCCAGAGUCUAGAACACAGGAUAGAGAGGGGCCAGUUUAGAACCCAGUCUAGCAAGCCACAGAGAAUCAGGGAACGCGAUAAAAAACACAAGUCUAGAACACUCUAGAAGCAACUAGUACACUGCCAGUAUCUCUCAAUGAUUCCCAGUACAGCCUCUGCUAUUCCCAGUAGAGUGUCAGUAUCUCUCAGUGAUUCCCAGUACAGCCUCUGCUAUUCCCAGUAGUGCCAGUAUCUCUCAGUGAUUCCCAGUACAGCCUCUGCCAUUCCCAGUACAGUGCUAGUAUCUCUCAGUGAUUCCCAGUACAGCCUCUGCUAUUCCCAGUGUUGUACCAGUAUCUCUCAGUGAUUCCCAGUACAACCUCAGUGAUUCCCAGUACAGCCUCUGCUAUUCCCAGUGCAGUACCAGUAUCUCUCAGUGGUUCCCGUGGCGAUGGCGGGGCUGGGGGCGUGUGAGCGGGUGCGGAGGGGGGUCACUCUGGUCUCGGGGUUCAUGGAGUGCAUUUGCUUCUCUGGCGUCCUCUUCGGCUGGGCGUCCCUCGUCUUCGUUCUCAAGAGUGAGGGAUACUUCAGAGAGCGCUGCGUGAAUUCAACCGACACAGUAGAGAAUAACACAGUUCCAGACUGCAGCUCUCAGGACGAGCAGUUCUCUCUCAUUUUCACGGUCGCCUCCUUCAUGAAUAACUUCAUGACUCUGCCCAUCGGAUACAUCUUUGACCGAUUCGGUACCACGGCGGCCAGGCUACUGGGAAUAUCCUUUUACACCACCGCCACGCUAAUGAUAGCCUUCUCCUCAGCAGCAUCCUCGCUGCUGCUGUAUCCAGCUCUGUGUCUUUUGGCUGUCGGAGGGAUUUUAUUUCUAGUCACCAAUAUCCAGGUUGGGAAUCUGUUUGAAAAGCAUCGCUCCACCAUCAUCACUCUCUAUAACGGAGCAUUCGAUUCAUCAUCCGCAGUGUUCCUGAUCGUGAAGGUGCUGUUUGAGAUUGGUAUCUCUCUCAGAUCGAUGUUCCUGUUCAUCUCGUCCUGCAGUGUGCUGCAUCUGCUCCGGACGUUCUUUCUGCUCCCCCGAAAACACAUCCCGUACCCCCUGCCAGAGGACUUCACCUACGGGGUGUCUUGCGAGACGUCCCAAAGCUUCACGCCGACCAGGGAAGGGGGGGAGGGGGCAGGCCCUCGAAACAGAGCCCCCCAGAGGACCACGGAGGUACUGCAGCCAGCGGAGGAGCCGCUGAGAGAGGGUGACGCUGAGAUGUCGUUCCGAAGCUGCGUUCUCUCCUGGCUCUUUUGGUGGCAACUGCUCUGGCUCUCUGUGAUGCAGCUCCGUCACUAUCUGUUCAUCGGCACCCUGAACCCCAUGCUGAGCAGACUGACCGAGGGGGACCCCGAAAAAAUCAGUCGCUACACCAACGCCUUUGCGUUCACUCAACUUUGUGGGGUUCUCUGUGCCCCCUGGAACGGGCUUAUCAUGGACAGACACAAGAGAGGGGCGCACAGCCAGAGGGACCCCCAAAACGGUUCGGCGCGGUUGGCUGACCUGCGCUCCUCGAUCCUGUCUCUCUCUCUGACUGGUUUCCAGUGCGUUCUGUUCUCCGUGUGCGCCGCGGUCCCAGUCCUCCCCCUCCAGUACCUCACCUUCAUCCUGCAGGUGCUGAACCGCUCCUUCCUGUACGGGGGCAACGCGGCCUUCAUCAUCAUCGCAUUCCCUCCCCGUCACUUCGGGAAGCUGUAUGGUCUGGUGAUGUCACUGUCUGCUGUCGUGUCUCUGCUCCAGUACCCCUGCUUCAUCCUGGUCAAGGGGCCGCUGCAAGGGGACCCCCUCUACGUGAAUGUGGCUCUGAUCGCUGUCACUCUGCUGGCGUUUGUUCAUCCAGUCAACGUGUACCUGCACUGCCGCCGGGAGACCAAGCAAAGAGAGACUGCCGCCCACACACACUGAGACACACACACACUGAAACACACACACUGAAACACACACACUGACACACACACACACUGAAACACACACACACACUGAGACACACACACUGAAACACACACACUGACACACACACACACUGAGACACACACACACACUGAGACACACACACACACUGAGACACACACACUGAAACACACACACUGACACACACACACACUGAGACACACACACUGACACACACACUGACACACACACACACUGAGACACACACACACUGAAACACACACACUGAAACACACACUGAAACACACACACACUGAGACACACACACUGAAACACACACACACUGAAACACACACACACACUGAAACACACACACACUGAGACACACACACACUGAGACACACACACUGAAACACACACACACUGAGACACACACACUGAAACACACACACACACUGAAACACACACACUGAAACACACACACACUGAAACACACACACACUGAAACACACACACACUGAGACACACACACACACACACACUGAAACACACACACUGAGACACACACACACUGAAACACACACACUGAAACACACACACACUGAGACACACACACACUGAGACACACACUGAAACACACACACACUGAGACACACACACACUGAAACACACACACUGAGACACACACACUGAGACACACACACUGAAACACACACACACUGAGACACACACACUGAAACACACACACACUGAGACACACACACACUGAAACACACACACACUGAGACACACACACACUGAAACACACACACACUGAGACACACACACUGAGACACACACACACUGAAACACACACACUGAGACACACACACUGAAACACACACACUGAAACACACACACUGAGACACACACACUGAAACACACACACACUGAGACACACACACACUGAAACACACACACACUGAGACACACACACACUGAAACACACACACACUGAGACACACACACACUGAAACACACACACUGAAACACACACACACUGAAACACACACACUGAAACACACACACACUGAGACACACACACACUGAAACACACACACACUGAGACACACACACACUGAAACACACACACUGAAACACACACACUGAGACACACACACUGAGACACACACACACUGAAACACACACACUGAAACACACACACUGAGACACACACACACUGAGACACACACACACUGAGACACACACACUGAAACACACACACACACUGAGACACACACACACACUGAAACACACACACUGAAACACACACACACUGAGACACACACACACACUGAAACACACACACUGAGACACACACACUGAGACACACACACACUGAAACACACACACUGAAACACACACACUGAGACACACACACACUGAGACACACACACACUGAGACACACACACUGAAACACACACACACACUGAGACACACACACACACUGAAACACACACACUGAAACACACACACACUGAGACACACACACACACUGAAACACACACACACUGAAACACACACACACUGAGACACACACACACACUGAGACACACACACUGAAACACACACACACUGAAACACACACACUGAAACACACACUGAAACACACACACACUGAGACACACACUGAAACACACACUGAAACACACACACUGAAACACACACACUGAAACACACACACACUGAAACACACACUGAAACACACACACACUGAAACACACUGAAACACACACACUGAUACACACACACACUGAGACACACACACUGAAACACACACUGAAACACACUGAAACACACACACACUGAGACACACACACACUGAGACACACACUGAAACACACUGAAACACACACACACUGAGACACACACACUGAGACACACACACUGAAACACACACACACUGAAACACACUGAAACACACACACACUGAGACACACACUGAGACACACACACUGAAACACACACACACUGAGACACACACACUGAAACACACACACACUGAGACACACACACACUGAGACACACACUGAGACACACACACACUGAAACACACACACACACUGAAACACACACACUGACACACACACACUGAAACACACACACUGAAACACACACACACACACCGACACACACACACUGAAAUACACACACUGAGACACACACACACUGAGACACACACACUGAAACACACACACUGAGACACACACACACCCCGACACACACACACUGAUACACACACACACUGAGAUACACACACUGACACACACACACUGAGACACACACACACACUGAGAUACACAUACACACUGACACACACACGCACACACACAAGACACUGACACACACACACUGAGACACACACACACUGAGACACACACACUGAAACACACACACUGAGACACACACACACCCCGACACACACACACUGAUACACACACACACUGAGAUACACACACUGACACACACACACUGAGACACACACACACACUGAGAUACACAUACACACUGACACACACACGCACACACACAAGACACUGACACACACACACUGAGACAGACACACACACUGACACACACACACACAGACAUGUACACACACACACACUGACACACACCCUGCAGCCCACAGCACUCCCCUCUGCUCAGGAAUAUAAAGAUAUCAACACCUGUCAACAGCCAGCCUCCUGUGAAACUGAUUUACCUGUCAAGCGAGCCGAUAAACGAACCGCGAAGGAACUCAAACCUGUCAAGAACCACACGUCAUGCUGAGCUGCAGACCAAACUGGAGUCCUGUCAAGAGACACGACACUGCAGAUUCAAACUGGAGACCUGUCAAGAGACACGACGCUGCAGAUUCAAACUGGAGUCCUGUCAAGAGACACGACACUGCAGAUUCAAACUGGAGUCCUGUCAAGAGACACGACGCUGCAGAUUCAAACUGGAGUCCUGUCAAGGGACACGACGCUGCAGAUUCAAACUGGAGUCCUGUCAAGAGACACGCCGCUGCAGAUUCAAACUGGAGUCCUGUCAAGAGACACGACGCUGCAGAUUCAAACUGGAGUCCUGUCAAGAGACACAACGCUGCAGAUUCAAACUGGAGUCCUGUCAAGGAAUGUGUUUUAGCAAUACUGUGAAUGUUUGAUAUCGUCUUACAAUCAGAAUAGUUUAUGGGUUCACCAACGCCUUUUUUGUGACGUUUUUAACCAUUUUGUGCGAAGGGUUUCUAGUUGCUAUUCAAGUGACAGUGUGUUUGUAUUGCUUGUAGAUUAUUAGCUGUACAACAAAGGGAAAUGAGACACGUGUUUACAGACAAUAUACAGACCAGAGGAUCACAGGGUUACCAGAGACUACCAAGUGUUAGCAAGGGCUACCAACAUCUACCAACAUCUACCAACAUCUACCAAGAUCUACCAACAUCUACCAACAUCUACCAAGAUCUACCAACAUCUACCAAGAUCUAUCAACAUCUACCAAGAUCUAUCAACAUCUACCAACAUCUACCAACAUCUACCAAGAGCUACCAAGAUCUACCAACAUCUAUCAAGGGCUACCAAGAUCUACCAACAUCUACCAAGAUCUACCAACAUCUACCAACAUCUACCAAGAGCUACCAAGAUCUACCAACAUCUAUCAAGGGCUACCAAGAUCUACCAAGAUCUACCAAGAUCUACCAACAUCUACCAACAUCUAUCAAGGGCUACCAAGAUCUACCAGCAUCUACCAAGAUCUACCAAGGGAUACCAAGAUCUACCAAGAUCUACCAACAUCUACCAAGAUCUACCAAGAUCUACCAAGGGCUACCGAUGGCUACCAGGGGCACCCCCCAGGGGCCACAGACCCAGUGAGUUCAGGCUGGUUUCACAGGCCCCUCUCCAUUCUGGUAUCUAUUGGGAAGGUCUGUGAAACCAGCCAUGUGCUCUGAAUGUAUUAACUUUCUUUUUUUAUAAAGCUUUAUUGGAAACGCUGUGAAACGUAACACAAUAUAAAUAUGAAUAAUAAUAAUCUGCGUGAUACUAAAUAACUAAGGUCAUUUUACAUUAUAUUUGUUAAUAUAAUAUAUAUAUAUAUAUAUAUAUAUAUAUAUAUAUAUAUAUAUAUAUAUAUAAUUUUAAUUCAAUAACUCAAAUGGUGUGUUUUAACAAUGUAUUUUUCUAUUCUCAAUAUUAGGUCACCUCCUUAACCCAUUAAAAUGAAUUUCUCAUACUUUGCUUCGAUAAAGAAAUCUGACCACAAGCUGUGUGUAUCUAAUUUGAUAGGUUAAAAUGUAGACUUCACUUUUGCUGUUUACACAGUUCGAGUGAGUCAUCAUAACAGUCUGUGUUUUGUUAUUUUUUGUAUGGCAGUCACUCAAACACUGUGUUUAUUAUUAUUUUAUUCAUCAGUCUGUGUUGCUUUGACUGAGUUCAGGAGCUGCUCUUCAGUUCUAGCUGCGCUGCCAUAGUUAUUGUAUUGUGAAUCGCUACAGCCCUGGCUAGGACUACAGCUCCCAGCAUGCCUCUGCACCCGCGGCAAUGGCGAGGGAUGCUGGGAGCUGUAGUUCUUUAACUGCAAAGCGCUGGGCUGGGCUGUAUUACAUUGUUUUUGCUCAGUCUGUGUUGCUUUGACUGCGAGUUCAGGAGCUGCUCUUCAGUUCUAGCUGCGCUGCCAUAGUUAUUGUAUUGUGAAUCGGUACAGCCCUGGCUAGGACUACAGCUCCCAGCAUGCCUCUGCACCCACGGCAAUGGUGAGGGAUGCUGGGAGCUGUAGUUCUUUAACUGCAAUGCGCUGGGCUGGGCUGUAUUACAUUGUUUUGCUCAGUCUGUUUUGCUUUGACUAAAUUCAGGGGCGACUCUGUGGUGCAUUUUAUACUAAAUAUUAAAACUUUUUUACAAAGUG